AUGAGCACUUCCCAUCCGCAGCCCCUCCCGCUCCCUGCUCUUACAUCGCCAGCCUCGACUCAUACGGCACCAUCUCCACAAAAGAAUGCGCGCAGCAACUAUCCCGAUAUGCUAAGCUCCCCACCGGUUCCUCCUCCGAGGACUUCGUCUGCUCGCCGCAGCCCCAACGGGGAGAAAACCAGCUCCCGCCACGGCAAAAGUCGAUCUGAUCGCAAGGAGAACCGCGACCGACCCCGUGAAGAUCGCAAUGGGAAGAGCCGAUCCCGGCGAGCGGACCCAUUAGAAGAAUCGACUCGAGAAUCGGGCAGGUCACGGGAAGUACCCGGAGAACCUGUUGCGCAGAUGAAUUCCGACAUGGAGGACAGUUCUGGGCAGGAAUUGGCGAGAGAGUCCAGCGCGGUCAUCAAUUCGGUGCUGGUCAGCGAUCCCGUGGUGGACAGGGAGAGAGAGCAGGUGCGACAAGUUGGUGGAUCGCCCGCCGCGGCUGCUGCCGUGGAGGCCAACGCCUCUAACUAUGGCGCACCUGGAAAUGAAGGUGCCGAGGAGGGAGCUCGUACCGGACAUCGCAGUCGACACGACUACAGUAACAACGGCAAAGAUCUCAAGCGCAAGGAGACGACAUUCGGCACCUACAUUCUCGGCCAAACCCUCGGCGAGGGUGAGUUUGGAAAAGUCAAGCUAGGCUGGAAACGAGAUGGGAGCAUUCAAGUCGCCAUCAAGUUGAUUCGGAGGGAAUCGCUAGGGUCGAACCCCAGCCGGCUACCCAAGAUCUACCGUGAGAUCUCCAUCCUGCGCGAUCUGGCUCAUCCCAACAUUGUCCGUCUGCAUGAGAUGGUCGAAACGGACCGUCACAUUGGUAUCAUCAUGGAGUACGCAUCGGGUGGUGAGCUAUUUGACUACAUUCUCAACAACCGUUAUCUUAAAGAUAACUCUGCACGCCGACUGUUCGCACAAUUAAUAUCCGGUGUCGGUUACCUGCACAAAAAGGGUAUUGUUCACCGAGAUCUCAAGCUCGAGAAUCUGCUGCUCGACAGGAACCGGAACAUUAUCAUCACUGAUUUCGGUUUCGCAAACACGUUCAACCCCGUGGAUCAAUUGGAGGAGGAGAUCGAGUACAACUUGACGAACAAGGAGUACGUGAAGCGCAAGCGCCUGGACAAACUGGGUCCCGAUGGGUUGCGUCGGGGUGACUUGAUGCAGACCAGUUGUGGAAGUCCCUGCUACGCAGCUCCAGAAUUGGUUGUCAGCGACUCGCUCUACACGGGUCGAAAAGUCGAUGUCUGGAGUUGUGGUGUCAUUCUGUACGCCAUGCUCGCGGGUUAUUUGCCCUUUGACGAUGACCCAGCCAACCCCGACGGCGAUAACAUCAACCUCCUGUACAAGUACAUCGUUACCACUCCUCUAACCUUCCCCGAAUACGUCACCCCUCACGCCCGUGACCUCCUGCGACGGAUCCUGGUUCCUGACCCUCGAAAACGUGCCGAUCUCUUCGAAGUCGCUCGCCACAGCUGGCUGAGUGAGUACUCGCACAUUGUGUCGCACAUCACUAGCAGCACCACAAACGUGGCAGACAUUGCCAACUCCACCGUCCCGGCCGAACCCAAGGCUGAGGCGCCAGCACUUGCGCGCAGUGCCUCGGUUCGCGAGCCACCCAAGACCAGCCACGGCGCGGUUCCUGCUGUGGGCGGACUCAAUCACCAUGCCGGUGAUAUCUCGCAAGGAUCGCCGAGUGACAAGUCGAAGACGUCUCGGGAUGCCAAGCGGAGAACAGUGCAGGUUGAAUAUGUUGCUCCCCAAUCUCAGACCACGAGAGGAGAGUACCAGGAGACUUCAGAAUCACGCGACCGGGCCACCAUCAAACAAGAGGAGCCAGCACCCGCGCCGCCAGCCAAGGACACAACCACCCGAACGGCACCGAAGCCCCCUGUCAACUACGACAAGCCAUUGCCCGGGCACUUCCCACGGUCUACCUCGGACAAUGCAGCAUUCGUUGGAACGCACACCACUGCCACCGCGGGGCUUUCGGGUACGCGGCCGACAACCGGUGGCUCCAUGGCGUCCUUCCACACGGGUCGUCUUCCUUCUCGAGGCUCCUAUGGCCAGCCAGUGGCUCCUACUGUUACCGCGACCAACACCGAAGGUCGCCUCGCACAGCCAAAGAGUGGCCAAUUCUCUCUUGCGCAGAACCCAGCGCAGGCGUCGACUGCUUCCAUCGGCCGUCCCAGUACCCAGCAGCUGCCUGCAGCAUUCAACCCGACUCCCCGGCAAGAGCCGCCUAAGGGUCACAAACGCUCAAACACCGUCUCUAGUAUCGGCGAAAAGCUGUUUGGUCGCUCUGGCUCGAUCCUGGGCGGUCGUAACUCUCAGUCGAAUGCUGCCUCUCGCGGGGAUCGUCAGAACAAGCGGUAUCCCCCUACAAGCAUGAAGGAGCCUUUGCCUCGGGAGGAUUCUCGUGUUUCCAUGGAUUCUCGGCGUUCAAUGCAGUACUCGCACAGCCGUAAGGCCAGCCAAGCUGGUGAAGGCCGUGCUCGUCGAUUCUCUCUUCUCCCGUCCUCCUUCUCCUUCCGAAACUUCUCGUCUGGUCGAGAUCAGACUACGGAGGAGAUGUCCCAGACUCCUCGCACGAUGGAGCCCAUUGGACCGCAGCGCCCAGCUACGGGUCCAGCCCAGUCUCGACCUCGCGCGACGAGCUAUGGAACUCAAGAGGCCAUGGGUAUGGUUACCGAGGGGCCUGCGGAGGAAACUUUCGAGAACAAGGACUCCGAGCCUCUCAGCUACGAGGCCCAGAUUGAUCAACAGUUCGCUGAACUCGGUAACCGAUUCGACCAGACUCAGGAUUCUUUUGGUGCCAUUUCCUCCGAGCAGGUCUACCCAAACAACGAGGAUGGGUACUCGGGUCACAAUUACACCUACUCGUCGAAGCCCAAUUACUACGAUGAUUACAACGGCACCUACGACAGCAUGCCUCGUCAGUCUAUGCAAACUGGUCGGCGCGGACCUAACGUCCUCCAGAAGAGCAAUCGCAAGUUCGCCGAUGCCUACGAGUACGAGAGGGACGGGUCCCAUCAUUCUGGCAGCUCUGGUGCGGCCAGAAAGGUUAUGGAUUUCUUCCGCAGGCGUGCCAAGUCUCGUGCUGGUGACGACCGAUAG